GCAACACAGAAGCUGAAUGUAAUGGAAGAGAGAGAGAGAGAGAGAGGCUUUCAUGGUAAAGAAGCUGUUUGCUGCAAACGUUGCAAACAAUUGGGUUCCGACAAUCUCACCGUCCAUUGCAGAAUCUUAAACAAAAUUUUAACCUUGGCUGGUUCCCCAAACUUUAUAGGCCGAAAUCACAGCUACACCCACCGUCCUCAAAAUCUAGUUAACUCUUAUCAUAUCCUCUUCCAAUGUUUUCUUCUUCUCUCCUUGAUCUGCUUCGGUGUUUCAAAUCUUCUUUUGUUGCUGUAAACUGGGUGCCAUUCAAGACAACGUCUUCAGUAUCUCAACAAGGAUGGGAAGAGUUAAACUGAGGAUCAAGAAAUUAGAGAGCACGAGUACCCGGCAUGUGACUUAUUCGAAGCGGAAAAGUGGAAUAUUAAAGAAAGCAAAGGAGCUAUCAAUAUUAUGUGAUAUUCAUAUUGCCCUUCUCAUGUUUUCUCCUACAGGAAAGCCUACAUUGCUACAAGGACAGCGCAGGGGUGCCAAUGGUCUAGUCUGUGGUUCACAAAUUAAAAAAAUCAAAACAAACCACCAUUCGCUGUUUGGAUCAGUUCCCUACCAGAGUACUUUUGAGGAGGUCAUUGCAAAAUUUGCUCAACUUAACCCACAAGAAAGGGCCAAAAGGAAAUUGGAAAACCUUGAAGCACUGAAGAAAACCUUCAAGAAGUUGGAUCAUGAUGUAAAAGUACAAGAUUUCUUGGGUUCAAGCAGUCAAAUAGUGGAGGAAUUAACUCAUAAAGUGAGGAUUCUACAAGCUCAACUUUCGGAAGUACAUGAGAGACUGAGUUAUUGGAUUAAUGUAGAGAAGAUCAACAAUUUAGAACAUAUUAGGCAAAUAGAAGACUCACUCAGAGAAUCAAUUAAUCGAGUGCAUCUACAGAAGGAAAAUAUCAGAAAACACCAAAUGAUUUCACUUGAAUGUGCAAGCCAGUUACAGGAAGGGAUGAGUUUACCCCUGAUGAUGUCUGACGUGCAAGAAUCCCAACACCUUCCUUGGCUUUUGACUAAUGACAAUCAUCAAUUGAUGUUUCCCAGUGAACCAAAUUUUCUGCCAUUUCGAUAUAAUCCCAAUAGAGAUGCUGAGUGCUCCCCUGAUGUUUCACUGCCAGGCUAUUCUGGUUAUAUUGGCAGCAAUAAACUUGAGGUUAGUAGAUCACCUCAAGUCUCUACAUUGUGUCAGGGAGGUGGUGCAUUGGAUGAGUUAAAUGGAGCUGCUUGCUUAGAUGUACAACAUUGUGAGCAGUUUGCAUAUCCUCCUCCACCAGAUAAUGAGCAAGUAAAGCAUCACCCAGAGAUGAAUAGUAAACCAAACCCUGAGAUUUACCAAGUUCAUAAUGGCUUUGAUACUCCUAGACCACUGUUUGAGACUGGAUAUCAGUUCUGGAGUUCUGCUUCUGGGCCUUGCGGUAUUGCAAUGUAUAAUGAGAAUGGCUACCAUAGGGUAAGAUGUCCUUUAUUAUAUUCAAUUUAGUUCAUAGUCCAGGGUAGAUUGUGAACUUAAAUUUGUCAAAAGGGGCUGGGAUAAGUAAAUAUUCAAUUGUUUUAUUUUUAUACUUUUUUAACUCUCUAGUUUUCUAGCUAAUUGCAUGUAUUUUGCAGUAACUCAUUGCUUUCACCAGCAAUGCUAAGCUUUUUCCAAUUGAGAAGAAGUAUUUUAACCGAAAUGAUGUGACCAAUACUUGUGGAUGAGCUUCUCACACAAAACCCAGACUCAGCUUCUUCUCCACCUAUAAGGUCAAUGACUCCAUGGUCAAUGGAGUUCAUAUAGGUGGGUUUUAGCCACCAAAUAUGUUAACUGUAUAUAUUAUAGUGUACAAUACUUAUAGGAUUACAGUUUGUCCACAUAUAAAUAUUUCAGUUAUCUUGACUGACUGAUUUACCAUUGGUAGAGUUUUGAAGUUUCAUUCAGUGAUCCAAGCUGUAAAUUUGAAUUUUUAGAAAA